AUGUUUGUCCAAGUACUCUGGGCAGAACACAUACCGUGGGACCAAGAACUGUCCGAAGAGAAAUCGUACCGUGCGGAACUCAGUCUACUCCAGUCACUCUCCGUACCACGCAGAACAGUGUUGAAUCACCAGUACAGUCUGCACUGCUUCUGCGAUGCUUCGAAAUUAGCCUAUGGCUGUUGUAUUUACGUCGUUUCUUCUGAUGACUUCGGACAGCUUCAAUGCCGCUUGCUGACAGCCAAAUCUCACGUUGCUCCACUGCGCGGUCAAACCAUCCCUCGGUUGGAACUCUGUGCUGCGUUGCUCGGCAGUCAACUUGUCGACAAUAUUCGUCAAACUACGAAGUUCGUCGAACCCCCAACAUUUUGGGUAGAUUCUAGCAUCGUGCUCCACUGGAUAAAGUCGAAGUCGAAUGUCUGGAAGGUUUUUGUCUCAAACCGUGUCGCUGAAAUACAGCGCCUCAACAAAGGCUGCAUAUGGAGACACGUUCCAACUGAAUUAAACCCCGCUGAUUGUGUUUCAAGAGGGAUGAUGGCUGGUCAGCUUUUGAAGGAUGAUUUGUGGUGGCAUGGUCCGAGUUUUCUCAAAGACCCCGUCGAUUGUUGGCCUGAGUGCGUGGUUUCGAUGCCCGAUGCUCAGGAAAUGAUGAAGGAAGCGCAGCAAGGGGUUGCGUUGCACAGUCGCGUGGUUGAAUCUUCCAUCUUCGAACAGUUUUCCGACCUUGGCAGAUUGGUCAAAGCCACAGCGCGCUGCUACCAAUUCAUGAAUAACGUCAAACUGCCGAAGAAUCAACGAAGUUUUGGUCUACUUUCUCCAGAGGAGUACGAACACGCACUCAAAGCUCUCGUUCGCCAAGCUCAACGAGAGGUAUUUCUUACUGAGUUCCGUCUAUUCGAAAAGAACCAACAGACAACAGAACCUAGAAUCGCGCAUAAAUCACCACUGAAAAACUUGAAUUUGUUCCUGGAUCAGUUUGGAUUGCUCAGAAUCAGUGGAAGACUAAGAAAUCUUAACGCGCCCUACGACACUCGCUUCCCGAUACUGUUGCCUGCUAAACACAGACUCAGUUGGUUGAUUGCCCGAUCGAUUCACGUCCGCACACUUCAUGCCGGACCUUCUCUGCUGCUCGCUACCAUACGGCAGCGCUUCUGGCCACUCCGGGGUCGUCAACUCGCACGAAAAGUGGUUCGCCAAUGUGUGACCUGUUUCCGAUGUCAGCCACAGCCAACUCAGCAGAUUAUGGCACCUCUUCCGUCUGUUCGAGUUACACCUGCUAGAGUAUUUGAGUUCUCAGGAAUGGAUUACUGUGGGCCGUUCCUCGUUCGUCCGUUAAGUGGAAAGGGUGCGUCGGUUAAAAUGUACGUCGGUCUUUUCGUGUGUUUAGUGGUGAAGGCAGUGCAUUUCGAGAUCAUCGCUGAUCUUUCAUCGGCCGCGUGCAUCAACGCCGUCAAGCGAUUCGUCGCGCGUCGCGGUCGUGUGCGUGAACUGCAUUGCGAUAACGGUACCGCGUUUGUCGGGGCAGAUCGAGAGCUCCGACUGCUGCGUAAGGAAUUUCUCCGCCAACUUGACGCCGAAGAAUGGACAACCUACUGCCUGGAGAGCGGAAUCAUAUUCCGCUUCAUCCCGGCUCGAUCACCGCAUUUCGGCGGAAUCUGGGAGGCUGGAUUCAAAUCAUUUAAGUUCCAUUUUCGUCGCAUCAUGGGCAACCGUUCUUUCUCCGUGGACCAGUUCCUGACCGUAGCUGCUCAAAUUGAAUCCAUUCUCAAUUCCCGUCCUCUGUCGCCACUUUCCGAGUCUCCAACCGGAAGAAAGAAAACCUGA